GCUGUGGCCGUCUGGGUGUCGAGCGGGCGCGCUCACGCGGGGCCUGAGGGAGCCAAGACCCGGGAGGGUGUGGAAAAGGACUGCUGGCUCCGCCCUCAGUCCCUACCCUUUGUAGGCCGGCGUUUUCCCCUCUGAGAAACGCCUCUCCGCCCCGGCCUUCACCUGGAGUUUCUUCAGGCUCCAGGUUUCCCUGCCAACCACGAGGAGUCCAGGGAGGAAAAGCGGAGCGUAGGCGCCUAUAACCCACGCCUCCCACGCCUUUUCCAGCCCGAGAUCGCCCAGGCAGGGAUGGGCGACAAGAUCUGGCUACCCUUCCCGGUGGUCCUCUUGGCCUCUCUGUUGCUUCCUGGGGCGGCCGGCUUCACGCCCUCCUUAGACAGCGACUUCACAUUCACUCUUCCGGCUGGCCAGAAGGAGUGUUUCUACCAGCCCAUGCCCCUGAAGGCCUCGCUGGAGAUCGAGUACCAAGUUUUAGAUGGAGCAGGAUUAGAUGUUGAUUUCCAUCUUGCCUCUCCAAAAGGAAGAACCUUGGUUUUUGAACAAAGAAAAUCAGAUGGAGUUCACACGAUAGAGACUGAAGGCGGUGACUACAUGUUCUGCUUUGAUAAUACAUUCAGCACCAUUUCUGAGAAGGUGAUUUUCUUUGAAUUAAUCCUGGAUAAUAUGGGAGAACAGGAGCAAGAACAAGAGGACUGGAAGAAAUAUAUUACUGGCACAGAUAUGUUGGAUAUGAAACUGGAAGACAUUCUGGAGUCCAUCAACAGUAUCAAGUCCAGACUAAGCAAAAGUGGUCAUAUCCAAACUCUGCUUAGAGCAUUUGAAGCUCGUGAUCGAAAUAUACAAGAAAGCAACUUUGAUAGAGUAAAUUUCUGGUCUAUGGUUAAUUUAGUGGUAAUGGUGAUAGUGUCAGCCAUUCAAGUAUAUAUGCUGAAGAGUCUAUUUGAAGAUAAGAGGAAAAGUAGAACUUAAAACUCCAAAGUAGAGUACUUAACAUUCAAAAAAAGGGACAGAAAAAUGCAAUAAACUUACAGUCAAGACCAUUAAUAGUGUUUGCAAAACGUUUUCAGGCAUUACCAUAAGUGUGAAAUAAAUAUUAAUUUUAAUGUGAAAGGAAAGUCUUCACUUUCAUCUGUGCAAGUAAUCUUAUUGUUCCAGUUGUACUGAAGUGUAUAACAAGUAUUUUGCAGGUAUAAAUGAAUGAAGCCAUAUUAAUAACAGCAGUUUCCUACGUUUGAAAAAAUUUUGCAGAUGUCAUAGGUGAUUUAAAUAAAUGAACUUUGGGCCUAAAUGUAAUACUGAACUAUGUUUUUAAAAGAUUGUUACCCAAAAGUUUCUUUGUAAAUGUGGCAACUACAAAUUAACUGUAGAAAUUUUUCAAUAUAUUAAGUUAUAAAUCAUCUGAGAAUUACCUAAUCAUGGAUAUCUUUAGAAGACAGACUCAACUUUUCUCUUUUUACAUAUGUAUCUCCUAAAUGUAAAUAGAAGCAUAGCUGUGAAAACAGAUAUGUGGGAUUUUUAUAACCAAAUAUAUUUCAUUUUAAAAUAUUAGCAAAUAGUUUUAUAUACCUAGCUUACAUUCCCAAAAGCUGACAUUUUGAAUAAUUCUUAAAAAUGCUAAGUCAUACUUAUUAAAAUUAGGACAGAUUUUCUCUUUGAAGAAUAAAGAUUGCUCCCAGUCUCUAUAAGAAUAC